UCUCAGACACAAAUUUAUCAAAAAUAAGAAAGUCCCAUUUUUCUCUCUCUUUAUAAACUCCAAAAAUCUUGUCUUUUUUUAAAUUUGUGGCCAUAAAUAUUUAUAUUUUAGCCAUUAAAAGUAUAAUCAAGUUUUGAGAUUACAAAAUUUUGUGGGUUUAGUUUAGUUUUGGAGAAUCAAUACAAUAAAUGGCAUUGAAGCUAACUCAACAGUUUGCUUGAAUUUGUUUGUAGAGUUGCCACUAUGUUGGAAUCUAUUACAUGUUCCCAUUUUCCCAAGGGAGACGAUUUCAACAAACAAAAAAGCUCAGUUAGAGCUUGCUUAAAUGAUUUAUCACAUCUUUAUGUACAUAGUUUUAAGACUUCUUGUGUUCCAAGGCAUAAAAUUCAUGCCCCUCUAUGUACCUUAAGUUACAGAAUAGUUCAAUGCUCUUUUCUUUCGCAAAAGGUUUCUGAAGGCCGACGUUUAUUACCUUCCUCAUUGUCCAGUCGGGAAGGUCUCUGCCUCUCUAAACGGAGAUUGCACCAUAGGAAAAUAUCCCGACUACGUGCAUCUGUAGAUGUUGCUAGUGCUGUUGAUGUUAUCAAUGAUUUAGGAUUUGAUACGUUGACAUUCUUAGCUGUCACUGUCGUGGUCGUUCCUGUGUUCAAGACUCUUAGAGCUAGCUCUAUACUUGGUUUUUUCUUUGCUGGCGUUGUGCUAAAUCAAUUUGGUGUCAUAAGAAAUAUCACAGAUGUGAAGGUUCUAUCAGAAUGGGGGAUCCUCUUCUUGCUUUUUGAGAUGGGCUUGGAGCUUUCACUUGCACGUCUAAAAGCUCUAGCAAAAUUUGCCUUUGGAAUGGGAUUAACUCAGGUUGUGUUAUCUACUCUUGCUUUCACGGCAUUUGAACUUCCACCUAAUGGGGCUAUUGGAACUAGAAUUUUGGAGUUCCUUUUCCAUUCGAGGUCUGAUUUGGUGAAUAUUAGAAGUAUUGACGAGGCUAUUGUUAUCGGUGCUGCUCUUUCUCUGUCUUCUUCAGCUUUUGUUCUUCAGCUUCUUGCAGAAAAAGGUGAGCUCCCGACAAGAUUUGGCUCGGCAACUCUCGGAAUUCUUCUGCUGCAGGAUAUAGCAGUUGUCCCUCUGUUGGUGAUCCUUCCUGUGCUAGAGACCCAGAAUCUGGUUGAGGGAAGUAUCUGGCCAACGCUUGCUAAAGAAAGUUUGAAGGCUUUAGGUGGACUGGGAAUACUUUCUCUUGGCGGAAAAUACAUUUUGAGGCGGGUUUUUGAGGUUGUUGCUGAAGCAAGAAGCUCGGAGGCAUUUGUUGCUCUUUGUCUGCUAACUGUAGCUGGAACAUCACUUGCCACUCAAAUGUUGGGCUUUAGUGACACGCUUGGAGCAUUUUUAGCUGGGGCAUUAUUGGCAGAAACAAAUUUUCGGACACAAAUUGAAGCCGACAUAAGGCCAUUCAGAGGCUUGCUUCUUGGUUUAUUUUUUGUUACCACAGGCACUUCUAUUGACACACAGCUUCUUUUUCGAGAGUGGCCAAAUGUACUUGCUCUCUUGGGAGGUCUAAUCAUCAUCAAGACACUAAUUAUAAGUGCAAUAGGUCCCCGUGUUGGACUCACCAUACCAGAAAGUGUAAGAAUCGGAUUUCUACUAUCACAAGGAGGCGAGUUUGCAUUUGUUGUUUUCUCUCUAGCAAACAGGCUUGGAGUGCUUCCACUUGAACUUAACAAGUUGCUAAUCAUUGUCGUUGUACUGUCGAUGGCGUUAACUCCAUUGCUUAAUGAUGUUGGAAGAAGAGCUGCUGAUUUUAUAGAUGACAAACUUGAUAAAGAGGAAAAAGUUGCUGAGUUGGUAAACUUUGAAGGGAGUGAACCUGUUAUAAUCCUUGGAUUUGGACAAAUGGGUCAGGUGUUGGCCAAUUUUUUAUCAGCUCCAUUAGCCUCUGGAGUAGAUAUAGAUCUUGCUGGUUGGCCUUUUGUGGCCUUUGAUUUGGAUCCCUCUGUAGUGAAGACAUCUCGGAAUCUUGGUUUUCCGGUAUUGUAUGGAGAUGGAUCGAGACCAGAAGUAUUAGAAACUGCCGGCAUUGCUUCUCCGAAAGCUUUCAUGAUCAUGCAUACUGGAAAGAAGAGGUCGGUCGAGGCUGUCGAAAGACUGCGGCUUGCUUUUCCUGCAAUCCCAAUUUACGCCAGAGCUACAGAUCUUAAUCAUCUUUUGGAUCUCAAGAAAGCAGGCGUGACUGAUGCGAUUCUCGAAAAUGCAGAGACAAGUUUGCAACUUGGCUCUAAGCUUUUGAAAGGACUUGGUGUCAUGUCCGAUGACGUAGAUUUUGUGCGCCGACUCGUUCGAGACUCUAUGGAGAUACAAGCUCAGGAUGACCUUAGCAAAACUGAUGGUCAAGCAAUUGAUGUUAUGAAACCAAUGCAGGUAAGAGUUGAUGGUUCUGUCGGGAUCGAAGUACCCGUGCCGAAAUCACUAAGACAGAAACAGAUAGAGCAAUCAGAGGAUCAAGGUAAGGGUGUACUGUAUUGUGAACUUAGCAAAGAGAACGGUUUUCCGGUUAAACCAGAUGACGUUGCUACGGAGAAGAAGAAUAUGAUAGAAACGUAGGCACCUUGCAUGACAACUGAUGAAGAUGUAUAGAUACAAUCAACCUCAUUUAAGGUUUUAGAAAAGUGAUCAAUUUUGCUGUUGUGACUAACAUUAGUGUAAACAACAAACCUCUGAGGUAAAAAUUAGGGAAAUAUCUGUAUACUUCCCCUAAAAAUAGCAUAUUCAUGCACUUUUAGGUCAAUACAACCUGCCUUUUAUACCUUUAAAA